UUCUCAGAUCGAUCAAGAGCAAGGACAGCCAUAGCCAGAGCCAAACUUAUUCCACCAAAUUUCUCCAGCACAGCGGGCUUGGACUUUCAAGACGAAGACCAAAAAUUCGAUACUCUUCUCCAAAGGAACUCUUCAAUUUUCAGAUCUUGCUCUCAUCCGUCCUCCCAAGGGUUUGCAUCCAUGGCGAAGCACCGGCAAUCUCGUUUUCCUGCUCGGAAGUCGUCGUCUUCUUCUACUCUCAUAUUUACCUUGCUAAUUAUGUUUACCUUCGUCAUUCUCAUUCUUCUUGCCCUCGGAAUCCUCUCGAUCCCCGGCAAUUCCGGUGAUUCGCCCAAGGCUCAUGAUCUGAGCUCCAUUGUGCGCAAAACUUCCGACGAUAUUGAGGAGGAGAAAGGGGAGCAGUGGGUUGAAGUGAUCUCCUGGGAACCUAGAGCCUUUGUUUAUCACAACUUUCUGACUAAGGAGGAAUGUGAGUACCUAGUCAGCCUUGCAAAGCCUAACAUGCAGAAGUCUACCGUUGUUGACAGUGAAACUGGAAAGAGCAAAGAUAGCAGAGUUCGCACCAGCUCCGGAACAUUUUUGCCUAGAGGACGUGAUAAGACUAUAAGAAACAUUGAGAAAAGGAUUGCUGAUUUCUCCUUCAUUCCCAUGGAGCAUGGAGAAGGACUUCAGGUUCUUCAUUAUGAAGUGGGACAGAAAUACGAACCUCAUUUUGAUUAUUUCCUUGAUGACUUCAAUACAAAAAAUGGAGGUCAACGUAUAGCAACGGUGCUUAUGUAUCUCUCAGAAGUUGAAGAAGGAGGCGAGACAGUGUUCCCUGCCGCCAAAGGGAAUAUCAGUUCUGUACCUUGGUGGAACGAGCUUUCAGAAUGUGGGAAGAAAGGACUUUCUGUUAAACCGAAAAUGGGUGAUGCGUUACUUUUCUGGAGCAUGAAGCCUGAUGCUUCUCUAGAUCCAUCAAGUUUGCAUGGUGGUUGUCCUGUUAUCAAGGGGAAUAAGUGGUCUGCUACUAAAUGGAUGCGAGUAAACGAAUACAAAGCUUGAGUUUAUGCAACAAAGGUUUGGUUGACUUUUCUUGUUACUGCUCAAAGUCACAUAUGCAUUUGCUGCAGGGAAUCGUCAUUUCUAUAAUUUAACCUUGUGUGCGAGUACUCGAUCCCUAAAUCUAUGAAUUUUGAUGCGCUUAAUAUUUUACUUACGAGCUUACGUUGUCAUUGAUUUCUUGUUUAUGGCCCCUCGAGAGAAUAAGAGUUCAUAUUUUUUGGCAGAAUUUCCAGCUCCAAACCUCAGUUAUAGAUUCAUAUGAUAUGUAAAAAACCAAAGGUUUCACUCUUGAUGUACAACUCCCUUGCUAUGUUAUUCUAUUUGAUAGGAAACCCUUUUAUUUUCA